AGCAGACGACUUUCCCUCUCCCCCCUCAAUCAGAAUCAGACCGUUGCUGCUUCGCUUCACUUCACUUCACUUCUUCUUCUUCUUCUUCUUCUCAUUGAUCUUCUCCUCCUCCUCUUCUUCUGCAGCAGAAACCAAGAACCGAUCCAACCCCUGCAAAACCCCUCUCUCUCCGUCUUCUUCCGCUGCUACGAGUCUCGCCACAUCCAUCGGCAAUGGCGGAGAGCAACGGCCCGCCUCCGCUCCACCCGGCGAGCACCUCCCAAGCCCUCCAAGCCCUCUUCCACGCCCUCGACCCCGUCUCCCUGCUCCGCUCCCAGACCGCCGGGAAGGAAGGCAGGACGGAGCAGCGCUGCCCCGCCCCUCAGGUCUCGCCGUCGACGGCGGCCGAGAGCGGAUUCGACGGCGCGGCUCCUCCCCCGCAGCACCCGGGGUGCGCCGCCCCGGCCGUUCAGCCUGUCGUCCGCACCGUCGACCCCGUGUCUCUGCUCCUGUCCCAGAACUCCGCCACCGACGACAUCGUCCCGCUGACGCUCACCACCGACCACUACUUCAUGGAGAGAGGGCCCCGGUACAACGCCUACGCUCGGCUGAGGGAAUCCAGGUUGAGGAUGAAGCACGCGAGGCAGGAGGAGCCUGAAGAGAGGGAUCUCAAGCUCACCCCGCCGCCCAAGAAACAGGUCAGGUUCCAGGGGAAUUUGGGUGGCGGCGGCGAAAAUUUGGGCCGCACCCGAAGAGGGUCCGCUUCUAUUUUGGCUCAGUCCGUCCCGGACUUCUCGGCAGCUCUGAGGAAGGAGAACCGGAAGCCCACGGCGCCGCUCCCCUCGCUGGCCGAGAUCACCCCGCCAUCGAAGAGCUGGUCGAAGGCAGGCAGCGGCUCCAAUGCUAGGGGGAGCAAGUCGGUCGGAGCAGCGGCGGGGGAGAAGAGGGGCGGUCUGAUGGCGAGGAAGAGCUACGCGAGCAUGGAAGAACUGAAGGGGCUGUCCUGUGCCGCCGCGAGCGCCAUCAAUGGCGACAACAGAGGAGGGAGGAUCGGGAGAGGGAACGGGAUCGGGAGGACCGUCCUGGGUUACCGGAAGUUCUGAAAAGUGCCGUGAUUUAAUUCAGGGUCUGGGGUCGACAGUUAGUUCUGUUUGUUUUCCGACAUGUUUGAUCAGGUUUCACAAAAUCUUUUACACGUUCUGAGGAGGUGUUUGAUCAUCAUCAUCACCAUCACCGUCAUCUUCAGAGCAUAAUGAAUUCUUUACUAUAUUCUUUUUCCCUUCUUUCUUCAUAAAAGAAGCUAUAGAGCUUUCAUUGUUUCUGGGGUUUGUUUCUGAUGUAAUGAAUGGGAACUUUGGCCUUCCAGUUCCAGUUGAGUGAUUGUGGAAGCAUAAAAAUAGCCCUGUAUA